AUAUAUAUAUAGGCAUCUAAGAUUUUGUCAAUAUGAUAUGAUGGAAGGGACAAGGACUCCUCUAAAGCUAAGAAAAAAAUGCACUAACAUUAAGAUCUACCUCUCUAGACUAUAAUGAUUACAUGCAUAAUAGGAAGGCAAAAGGAAGCCAGCUCAAUGCCAAUUACUGGAAUCUCAAGAUUAUUACACACUAGCAGCUCAUCUUUGAUCAUUAAUUAAUUCACCGUAGUUUAGUUCAUUAAACUAAGCUUAAAUUCAUCAUAGUGAUUGUAUUUCUAUCAGAUUUACAAGAUUUUCUUUAAGAUAAUACCUGAAAUCUCAUGACGGGAAAAGGGUCUUUAAUCUCAUUAAUUUCGUAGUUGUUGCUGAAACAACCACUUGCAUGACAUUUAUAUCAGCCUCUAUAUAUCUGACCUGACACUUUCUGACAGGCACAGAUCAUGUCUUCCAUUUCUUCUUGCUUGGUCUUUUCUUGCUUACUAUUUCCACCAAACAAUUGAAGUGUGCUUCUGAGAUUGGCCUGUCCAUGCCCUAAAAGCUAAUUGCUAUAUUGUUGAUAGUGCAAGCAAAGAAAGCAAAACCAUCCCAGUUUUUAAUUCUAUCCUUGCUGCUAACCUCUCUCAUAUUUGUCUUUCUCCCUCGGCUUUCUUCGUAAAUUAAUUACUACCAUAUAGCCUAGAAGUACUGUUAGUUCCUCUAGUUAUAUAAAUAAAUGUAUAUAUAAGCUCUAGUUAUAAGUUUCUUUGCUUCACUUGCAAAUUUCAUCGCUAAUUUCUUGUAUUAAUAAAAGCAUAUAGUGGUGAAUGUGUGUCAUCCGUCCUUUUUGUCUGUCACCCUAUCCUUUUCCCAUCAGAUACAUUUAAGCUGAGCAUAUAUUUCCAAGAGCAUCCAAUGUUUUUAUAGGUUUUCUCAAUCAGUCUUUGGCCCAUCUUCAUUGAUCAUGUUCACCUCAUCAGCCCCAUUCUGUCAGUUUUCCAUGACUUAGGCAUUUACUCCCUUCACUGGCUUUUCUAAACGAGUCACUUGUUUUGGUUUCUUUCCAUUUUCUUGGGAAAUAAAAUACAGAGAAAGAUUUAGCAUCUGUGUGUGAAGAUUUCAAGUCUUGGCCACCAUAAGUAUCAUUAUCUUUUUUUUUGUAUGCGUGUGACAAAGGAGAGAGAGAGGGAGCUAGUGAAUGAGGUGACUAACUGCCAAAGUCCUUAAAUCCCAGAAAAGAGUACAAUUUCCACUCAAUUGCUUUGGUUGGAAGGAGCACCAAAAAUAAGAAUAAAGGAUGGAUGAAUCUAGCCUACAAAAGGACAUGCCAAUCUCAAGGAAUGGUAGUUAUGCAGGUGGAAAUGGCCACAGCCACACUGUCACUUCAGCAGCAGCAGCUCAAGUUCCCACCAUUGGACAUUCUUCCCCUUCAAGCCAGCAGGAGGACCAAAGGCCCUACAAGAAAGUGAUGAGGUACAAGGAAUGCCUCAAAAACCAUGCAGCCGCUAUUGGUGGGAAUGCAACAGAUGGGUGUGGUGAGUUCAUACCAGGAGGAGAAGAAGGCAGCCUUGAGGCCCUCAAGUGCUCAGCCUGCAAUUGCCAUAGGAACUUCCACAGGAAAGAGAUAGAUGGCGAAUGUUCAUAUGACUGCCAUCAUCACUAUCCUGUCAUGAGCAAUAUUGGGAGUGGUAGACUCAUUUCGGGCCAUCAUAAUGGCAUUAUUGGAUCACCACCACAAGGGUACCCUACAAGUUCCUUCAUUUCCUCAAGGGCACCACCACCUCACCAAGUGGUAGUCUCCUACAAAAAUGGUGGAGCAAAUGCAAUCACUUCAGAAUCCGAUGAGAAGGAAGAAGAUAAUGGAGGUGGGAUACUGACCACUAGACCAGUUGAGAAGCUGAGAAAGAGGUUUAGGACCAAGUUCACAGAAGAACAGAAACAAAAGAUGUUGAACUUCGCAGAGAAAGCCGGGUGGAAAAUGCAAAAGCUAGAAGAAUCUGUUGUGCAAGGGCUUUGUCAAGAGUUGGGGAUCAAGAGAAGAGUUCUCAAAGUGUGGAUGCACAACAACAAACAUAACUAUGUCAAGAACUCAACUAGCAGCUAGAAGCAUAUUGCAGUCUAUCAGAACUAAGCAUUUGCUGUUGUUUUAUGAUUUAUUAUGCUUUUCUCCAGCUUUCAGCAUUCAUCCUAUAACGUCUUCCACUAUUAUGAGCAAAUACAAAGUAGUCUAGGUAGUUCUAUGAUCUAGUGAGUAGAGAGAGCAAAAGAAUUGCAAAAUGCAAGCCUUCUACUAAUCCACCAUUUUACUAAUCAUUAGAGAGGGUGAUAGUCAAGCAAUUUGCAAUUCUUGAAGGCAUAAAGGAUUGUAGUUGUCGUUAGCUGUGUUCGGAUGUGUAAAAAGGGGAAAGGGAGAACAAAUCUUCCCUUAAUUGGAGUAUGGUUGGUAAGCCAUUAAUUAUCAUGUGACGAGCAGACCUGUAACGUCACGCGAUUAGAUGUGUUGAGUCAGAUGCUUCACUGCAGAUUGUCCAUAAUCUUAAGGUUCAGCAAUGUGACUCAACUGAGGCCAUCGUUGUUGAUGUGGAAGCCGAGGCACUGUAAAAAGUGCAAGGUUUUUGGUCACAAAUGUCAUACUCAGGCUAGUAAGAAGGUAAAGGGUGAUGCCUUGCCUGUAGCCUCGACUACUGCUGAUCCUACCUUGACCACUUCGCCAGCACCUCUGGAGCCAUCUAUGCAAGCUCCUCAGGAGCCACAAGAGCUCGGCCUUAACAACAUCAAAAGAAGGGCAUGUUGGGAAAAAACAACUAGCCCAAAAGGAACUGGUUCGGUGCACUACUAGUAAGCAAGGGUCACUUCCAAGCUCUUCCGAGGCUCAGGAAUCUUCUGCAGCAACUCCUAAUGCUUCAUCCUUUACCUCGGAUACAUUGGAUUCUGAGGGUGAGUUUAUUCCUAUUUCGAGAUGGAUAAAGAAGAAGAAAAAGGUUAAGGAUCAUGAUUGAGUGUUAUGGUACUGCCUUCUCCGGUUCAGUCUAUUUUCCAGUUAAUAGCAUAACCGGUCGACUGGUUCUGGGUUUUCUAGAAACUGAUUGACUAGUUUUUUCUCGUGUGCACCAGUCAACUGGUUUCUGGGAUUUCUAUAAAUCGGUCAACCGAUUCCUUUGCUAUUUUCUUAGCUUUUUGCUUUGACUUUUCUUUUCAAUGUACUAGCUUUUUAAUUUGUUUUCGUUGAACUUAGUCUUGUUUAUCCAUGAAUUUAUCGAUUAACCGAUUCGAUUUAACCCCGUGAUCUAGAUAGAUUCAAAUCGAGUAUCAUAACUAUGAUUUCAAUAAUUCUUCAGUUUUUAUGGUGAUUUUGUUAUCUUGUAGAGUGAAAUGUUAUGUAAUCCUUGUCUUUCUACCUAAAUAAUUAGUUAAUCUCUUUGGAACGAAGAGCCCAUGUUGAAUCAUUGUAAUUUAAGAUCCAUCUAUAAUGCAGUCAACAUACUAGUUAACCAUGAUAAUUUAAUUGUUUUAUUCCCCCCUAAAAUAGCCUUGUCUUUUAGUCAGUUUUUUCAAUCUCGCCUGCCAAAAACCAAAUCACAAGGGCAGCUUGGAUAUUUUGAAAAAAAUUAACAGGGAACUCUGGUCAAGUAACCAAGUAACGAUUUUUAAAACCAGAAGAACUAAAGUCCAAAAUCAUAAGAAAUACAGGGACUAAAUAAAAAUAAUUUACUGUCUUUUAUGUCAUCCUCACCAACGAAAAUGAAAUACCACUAGGAGCCACUGCGUUUCUGCUGGCUCUUUUAAGGGAUGGGACACAGAGUAGCGAGUUGCAGCGGAUCUUGAUUUUUGUAAACCUUGCUGAAAUGGGAAGUAGCAUUGUGCUGUGCUUCGACCUAAGGCCAUCAUAAGACUAUUUCUUGUUUUUUUCCAUGAGAUUUAUGGUAUCAGUAAUGCAGCCUCGUAUCAUUUUUCUCCCUUGCGCUCACUUUUAUGGAGAUCUUGACUGCUCCCUCAGUAUUGAAUACAAUACAAAGUAAGACUUCAAUUAAAAGCCUAGCGAUCUUUGCUGAGAUUUUCAGUGCAGUUAGUCAAAACAAACCUUCCAACGCAAUCAAUACAUAUGAGAAAGCAAGUGCAAGCGACCAGUUUGCAAUAAUGCGGCCACAAACAACAGAAAAUGGAACAACACAAGGGACCAACUAUAAAGAAAAUGGUGUCAGGUUUCAGGGAAGAAAAGAUACACUAAGUAUGGGCAAAAAGGUGAGCUUAUAUUCAUGCACAAUAGUAGUAAACUUUGUAGGGUUUAGGGUUUCUAACAUCGCCCUGAAGUAAAUACAUACGAACUUAGCCAAGUUCAUUCUCAUCAUAACCUAGAGCGGGG